UCCACUGUAGUGAUUUUGUUGGUUUGGAAUGAAAAUUUUGAAAGCUACACAGAAACAGAGGCUCUCAUAGCUCCAGUUCUCUGCUCCCCAAGUGCCAUGAGGGGGAUUUCAUGCUCACUGCUGUCCAUGUUGCUGCUCCUUCUCCAGCCCUGGGAAUCACAGCUCCAGUCUGCAGGUCCCAAGUGCCGCACGGGGCCCCUGGACUUGGUGUUUGUGAUUGACAGCUCGCGCAGCGUCCGCCCCUUUGAGUUCGAGACGGUGCGGCAGUUCCUGGUGCGCCUCCUGCGCGGCCUGGACGUGGGGCCCGACGCCACGCGCGUCGGCGUGAUCCAGUACUCGAGCCAAGUGCAGAGCGUCUUCCCGCUCGGGGCCUUCUCGCGCCGCGAGGACAUGGAGCGCGCCAUCCGCGCCCUGGUGCCCCUGGCGCAGGGCACCAUGACGGGGCUGGCCAUCCAGUACGCCAUGAACGUGGCCUUCAGCGUGGCCGAGGGCGCGCGCCCGCCCGAGUUGCGCGUGCCCCGCGUCGCCGUCAUCGUGACGGACGGCCGCCCCCAGGACCGCGUGGCCGAUGUGGCAGCGCAGGCGCGCGCCCGGGGCAUCGAGAUCUACGCUGUAGGGGUGCAGCGCGCCGACGUGGGCUCCUUGCGCGCCAUGGCGUCGCCGCCUUUGGAGGAGCACGUCUUCCUGGUGGAGUCCUUCGACCUGAUCCAGCAGUUUGGCCUGCAGUUUCAGAGCCGGCUGUGUGGAAAGAACCUCUGUGCUGAGGGGAGACACGGCUGCCAGCACCAAUGUAUUAGCACCCUGGGCACAUUCCACUGUGCUUGCAACCCUGGCUACCAGCUGGCAACAGAUAGCAAGAGCUGUUUGGUCAUUGACCUGUGCGCUGAAGGGACUCAUGGCUGUGAGCACCACUGCAUCAACACCCCAGGCUCCUAUUUCUGUCAGUGCCGAGCUGGCUUUGCAUUGCAGCAGGACCAGAGGAGCUGCAGGGCCAUUGACCACUGCAGCUUUGGGAACCACAGCUGCCACCAUGAGUGUAUUAACACUUUUGCUGGGCCACGAUGCCACUGCAGAGAAGGCUAUGACCUGCUCUCUGAUGGGAGAAGCUGUCAGGCUCGAGACCUUUGCAAUGGUGUAGACCAUGGAUGUGAAUUCCAGUGUGUGAGUGAGGGUCUCUCCUACCGCUGCCUGUGCCCCGAUGGUCAGCAACUCCAGGCUGAUGGCAAGAGCUGCAACCGAUGUCGGGAAGGUCACGUGGACCUUGUCGUGCUAGUUGAUGGCUCCAAGAGUGUGCGCCCACAGAACUUCGAGCUGGUGAAGCGCUUUGUCAACCAGAUCGUGGACUUCCUGGACGUGUCUCCCGAGGGCACGCGCGUGGGGCUGGUGCAGUUCUCCAGCCGCGUGCGCACCGAGUUCCCGCUCGGCCGCUACGGCUCGGCCGCCGAGGUGAAGCAGGCGGUGCUGGCAGUGGAGUACAUGGAGCGCGGCACCAUGACCGGGCUGGCGCUGCGCCACAUGGUGGAGCACAGCUUCUCCGAAGCUCAGGGCGCCAGGCCCCGCGCUCUCCAUGUGCCUCGGGUCGGCCUGGUCUUCACGGAUGGCCGCUCCCAGGAUGACAUCUCAGUGUGGGCUGCACGCGCAAAGGAGGAAGGCAUCGUGAUGUACGCGGUGGGCGUGGGCAAGGCGGUGGAGGAGGAGCUGCGCCUCAUAGCUUCUGAGCCCGCAGAACUGCAUGUGUCCUACUCGCCCGACUUCAGCACCAUGACGCACCUGCUGGAGAACCUCAGAGGCAGCAUCUGCCCGGAGGAGGGAAUCGGCGCUGGCACAGAGCUUCGGAGCCCCUGCGACUGCGAAAGCCUCGUGGACUUCCAGGGCCGCACGCUGGGGGCGCUCGAGAGUCUGACGCAGAAACUGGCCCAGCUGACCACGCGCAUGGAGGAGCUGGAGAAGCAGCUGGUGGUCCAGAAGUGAGGGCCAGACUCGGGGCUUUUCUGGGGACUGCGCUGGAGCCCCUGCGGGCGGGGAGGGAAGGGCAGGGGGCGCGGGC